UCUAAGCUGAGCCCCUGACCUCGAUAACCUUCUGCCUGCGAACACACCUGCCCCUUACUCCACCCCCAUCCAGAUCCAGGCUUUGGUAUCGGGGAGGGGGCAUAGGGCCAUACAGACCCACGGGACUUUGGCUCCAUCUCUACAAAAGGGCACUCUGUGAGUCAGCCUGCUCCCCUCCAGGCUUGCUCCUCCCCCACCCGGCUCCUGUUUCCGAUACACGUACAGCCCGUACACACCGUGUCCUGGGACACCCCACAGUCAGCCACAUGGCUCCCCUGUGCCCCAGCGCCUGGCUCCCUCUGCUGAUUCCCGACCCUGCCGGGGGCCCCACAGUGCAACUCCUGCUGCUGCUGCUGCUCCUGGUGCCUGCCCAUCCCCAGAGCCUGUCCGGGAUGCAGGCAGAUGCCCCCACAGAAGACUUAUCUGGGGAAGAUGAUCCCCUGGGUAAAAAGGAUCUGUCCAGUGAAGACAAUUCACCUGGAGAAGAGGAUCCACCUGGAGAAGAGGAUCCACUUGGAGAAGAGGAUCUACCUGAAGAUAAGACUGAUCCAGAAGAAGAGGACUCACUGAAGCCAGAGGACCUACCUACUGUUGAGGCUCCCCGGGAAACUCAGGGCCCCCAGAACAAUGCCCACAGGGACAAAAAAGGGGAUGACCACAGUCAUUGGCGCUAUGGAGGCGACCUGCCCUGGCCUCAGGUGUUCCCAGCCUGCGCUGGCCGCUUUCAGUCCCCGGUAGAUAUCCGUCCCAAGCUCGCUACAUUCUGCCCCGCCCUGCAACCCCUGGAACUCCUGGGCUUUCAGCUCCCGCCACUCCCAGAACUGCGCCUGCGCAACAAUGGCCACACCGUGGAGCUCACUCUGCCUCCCGGACUAGAGAUGGCUCUGGGGCCCGGACGGGAGUACCGGGCCCUGCAGCUGCAUCUGCACUGGGGAACUGCGGGUCGCCCAGGCUCGGAGCACACUAUUGACGGCCACCGUUUCCCUGCGGAGAUCCAUGUGGUUCACCUCAGCACUGCAUUUGCCAACAUUAGCGAGUCCUUGGGGCGCCCAGGAGGCCUGGCUGUACUGGCUGCCUUUUUGCAGGAGGGCCCAGAAGAUAACAGCGCCUAUGAGCAAUUGCUAUCACAUCUGGAAAAAAUCACUGAGAAAGGCUCACAGACUUGGGUCCCUGGAUUAGAUGUAUCUGCUUUGCUGCCCUCUGACCUCAGCCACUACUUCCGCUAUGAGGGGUCUCUGACCACACCCCCCUGUGCCCAAGGGGUCAUCUGGACUGUGUUCAACCAGACAGUGAGGCUGAGUGCCAAGCAGCUCCACACCCUCUCUGACUCCCUAUGGGGACCUGGGAAUUCUCGGCUACAGUUGAACUUCCGAGCAACACAGCCUUUGAAUGGACGAAUAAUCGAGGCCUCCUUCCCUGUGCAAACGGAGAACAAACUUAGGACCACUGAGCCAGUCCACCUGACUUCCUGCCUUGCCGCUGGUGACAUCUUGGCCCUGGUUUUUGGCCUUCUCUUUGCCAUCACCAGCAUUGCAUUCCUUGUGCAGAUGAGAAGGCAGCACAGACACAGAUGUGGGACCAAAGGUGGUGGUAGCUACCGCCCAGCAGAGGUCGUGGAGACUGGCGCCUAGAGACCUGGAACUUGGACAGUGUGCAAAUGGGAGCCAGCUAGAGGAAUCUACGGGGUGCUGGAAACUGUCCUGCUCUUUACACCACUUCUGUUUUAAACUCC